AAAAAUUUGGCAUUUCCUUUUCAAAAAAAAGUUUAGAAGAUUUCUUGUGGCAUAAAAUUGAUUUACGAUGUAAAAUGGCAACACAUGCAGCAUUAAAAGAAUUAGUUGAGAAUCACAACGAAACUAAUUUAAAUUCAAAAUUUGAAACUGAAUGGGAAACAGCAAAGCCAUAUGAAAAAAUCCCGGGGCCAACACGAGUUCAAUUAUUAAGGUGGUUUAUGCCUGGAGGAAAAUAUCACAACAUUUCACUUCAAAAAGUCCAUAAACUGAUGUAUAAGGAAUAUGGGGUUAUAUUAAAAAUGCCCGGAUUUCUAGGAAAACGUGACGUUGUAUUAACAUUUGAUCCUAUCGAUUUUGAAAAAGUAUUUCGAACUGAAGGUACUUGGCCUGUUCGUCGUGGAUUAGAUAUUAUUGCAUAUUAUAGAAUAAUAAAACAGAAAGAACUUUUUGAAGGAGCUGAAGGAUUAACAGCUGUGAAUGGAGAACCGUGGGCUAAAAUCAGAACACUAGCAAAUCCUGUAGUAAUGCAACCAAAAACCGUUCGAUUUUACGUUGAUCGUAUGGAUAAUGUAGCAUCACAAUUUAUUAAGAAAAUACGUUCAAUACGUGAUCAGAAAACUUUGGAGGUUCCGGAAAAUUUUAUUCAAGUGAUUAAUAGCUGGACUAUGGAAUCAGUAUGCGUUGUGGCUUUAGAUAAAAAUUUAAAUUUGUUAUCGGAUCCAUCUAGUAAUUCAGACGCAAGACUUUUAAUGGAUUCAAUGUCAGUUUUUUUUGAAAUGCUCUAUGAAUUGGAUGUGAAGCCAUCAUUUUGGAAAUAUUUUCCAACGAAAAAUUUUAAUAAAAUGAUGGAAGCUUUCGAUAAUGUUACAAAUAUUUCUAUAAAAUAUAUUGAUGAAGCUAUGGAAAAAUUAAAGAAUAAAAAGGACUUAGAUUCUGGUAAAAGAGAAGAAAGUGUUUUAGAAAAAUUAUUGAAAAUUAAUAGAAAAGUUGCUAUAACGAUGGCUAUGGAUUUAAUGUUGGCUGGAAUUGAUACCACAACCUCAGCAUUUUCGGCUUGCUUAUUGUGCUUAGCUAAAAAUCCACAAAAACAGGAAAAAUUGAGAAAGGAAAUUUUGAAAAUCUUACCAAAUAAAGAUACACCAAUAACAAAUUCCAAUUUGUGUAAUUUACCAUAUUUGCGAGCAUGUAUUAAGGAAAGCUUAAGAAUUCAUCCAGUAACGGUUGGUAACUUUCGAACAACUGGACAGGAUUUGGUACUAAGCGGAUAUAGGAUACCAAAAGAUACUGAUAUAGCUAUGCCAACUGCAAUACUAUAUGAAGAUGAAGAUUAUUUUGUUGAAAGCAGAAAAUUUAUUCCAGAAAGAUUUUUGCGUAAAGAUCAAUACGUUGAUGAUGAAUGUCCUUUCUCGCAUGGUUCUGGUAAAUCAACAAAUCCAUUUUCUUAUUUACCCUUUGGUUUUGGACCAAGAAUGUGUAUUGGAAGAAGGCUUGUUGAUCUGGAACUCGAAAUUACAUUGUCUAAAAUUAUAAGAAAUUUUAAAGUUGAAUUUGAUUAUUCUGAUGAGAAUUUCUUUAAAACUAAUAUUAUAAAUGUUCCAAAUGUACCAUUGAAAUUUAAAUUUAUUGAUAUUGAAUAUCAUAAUAACAAAAUGAUGCUAGUAAAUUCGCCAGCACAUCUAAAUUCGACAAGAUUGCGAAUUCGCCAUACACGCCUAUUAAUUUCAUCAUUAACAAUCGCAUUUUUUGAAAACCGUAAUAAAACAAAAAAAAACAAAAUGCUUAAUAGUUCAAAAUUAUUAAGCAAUUUAAAAUUCGAGUAUAAAUUUAUAAACAGUGCAAAUGGCUUUAGUUUUAAAAGAUUAUUAUCGGCUCAGGCUGCAAUAAAAAAACAAACUGAAGAUGAAAAUUUGACAGAUUUUCAAAAUGAAUGGAAUGCGGCAAAACCAUUUGAAGAACUUCCACGACCGACAAAAUUACAACUAAUUAAAUGGUUCUUACCAGGAGGACUUGUUGCAAAUAAACCACUUCAUGUUUUUCAUAAAUUAUUACAUGAUAAUUUUGGAGAAAUUCUAGUAAUACCAGGAUUAUUUGGAAAAAAAGAUUUGGUUUUAACAUUUGAUCCAGAUGAUUUUAGAAAAGUAUUUCGACAUGAAGGAAUUUGGCCGAAUCGACCUGGAUUAGAUUCUAUGAGUCAUUAUAGAAGAGAUUUACGAAAAGAUAUUUAUGAAGGAGCAGAAGGAUUAACAACAUCAUUUGGUGAAGAAUGGGGUCGACUACGAAGUAUUGCAAAUCCAGUACUUAUGCAACCAAAAACGAUUAAAAUUUAUGUUAAUCGUAUGAAUGAUGUUGCAUCAGAUUUUCUUGAAAAAAUUCGUCUUAUCCGUGAUCCGUCUACACUAGAAGUGCCUGAUGAUUUUGGUGAAAUUAUAACUAAUUGGACUUUAGAAUCGGUUUGUGUUGUGGCUUUGGAUACUAAAUUAAAUUUAAUAAAAGAUCCGUCAAAGCAUCCAGAUGCAUUAAAACUUAAAGAAGCAUUGAGAGUAUUUUUUGAUGUAGUAUUUGAUCUUGAUUUUAAACCGUCUCUAUGGAAAUAUGUUGCAACGCCAAAAUAUAAUAAGUUUAUUAAAGCUAUGGACACUUUGACAGAUAUAACACAGAAAUAUGCUGAAGAAGCAUACAUGAGAUUGCAAAAUAAUAAAGUUGAUGACAGAGAUUUGAGUGAAAGAAGUGUUUUAGAACGUCUUUCAAAAAUGGAUCAAAAAUUUGGAAUAACUAUGGCUAUGGAUCUUCUUUUCGCUGGUGUUGACACGACUUCGUCAGCAUUUACAGCUAUUUUAGCAUCUUUAGCUAAAAAUCCUGAUAAGCAAGAAAUUCUUAGAAAAGAAAUUUUAAAUAUUUUACCAGAAAAAGAUACUCCAAUGACUAGUGAAAGAUUAAAAAAUUUACCAUAUUUACGUUCAUGUAUUAAAGAAGGUUUGAGAAUUCAUCCUGUUACAGCUGGAAAUAUUCGCCAAGUACCAGAAGCAUUAGUUUUAGGAGGAUAUCGUAUACCUAAGAAUACACAAGUUUUCAUGCCUUUUACAUUACUUUAUAAAGAUAAUUCACAUUUCAUUGACAGUUCGAAGUUUAUUCCAGAAAGAUGGCUUCGGGAAAUGGAAGACGGAUGUCCAUAUUCAGGUGGCAAAGGAAGAUCUUCUAAUCCUUUUACAUAUUUACCUUUUGGAUUUGGUCCAAGAAUGUGUGUAGGUAAACGGCUUGUAGAUAUGGAAUUGGAAAUUGCUUUAUCAAAAAUUAUUCGAAAUUUCAAAGUAGAAUUUAAUUAUCCAGUUGACAAUUUAUUCAGAUCAAAUGUGAUUAAUAUUCCGAACAUUCCAUUGAAGUUCAAGUUUAUUGAUUUAUAAGAAGUUAAGUGAAGAAAAAUUUUUAUUUUUGUAUUUUAAUCAAGAACUAAUGCUGUAAAUUUAUGAAAAAAUUCUUGUCAAAACAUAACCAAUGCUAUAUGUAAAAUGUAAAUUAUAUGAUUUAAGAAAUUUUCGCUGUGUG